AUGCUUAAGACCUUGGACAUAAAUGUUCCACUCGUUGAGGCCGCUGCUCAAAUACCUCGUUAUGCUAAGUUCCUGAAGGAAUUAUUGACUAACAAGAGGAAGCUAGAAGAGAUAUCCACCAUUACUUUGAGUGAGGAAUGCUCCGCCAUCAUCUCUAAUAGAAUCCCCAAGAAAGAGAAAGAUCUAGGAGGUUUUAUCAUUUCUUGUACUGUUGGGGGAAUGCUUGAUGUAAAAGCACUCACCGAUCUUUGGGCAAAUAUCAAUUUGAUGCCUGAUAAAAUUUUUCAAAAGUUAGCACUUGUGGAUUUUGGUAUUCUAGAUUUGGAUGACAAAGUUGAGGUUCCUUUGAUACUUGGGUGUCCAUUUUUGGCGACUUCACAAGCUUUGAUUGAUGUCAAGGAUGGUCAAAUGGUAUUAAGAGUGGGUGAUGAAAAAAUGGUGUUCAAGUUGAGAGAUGCUAUGUGCCACUCUAUGGAUGAUGAUUAUAUGUGUUAUGCCUUGGAUAUUAUUGAUGAUUGUGUUUUGGAUUUUAUAUAG